AUGGACAGCUAUAGGAAAUAUGUUGAAACAGAUCUAGAAAACACCAUUAAGUUUGAAUAUUCUACGUUGUUUUAUGGGAUGGCGAUUGAGUUUAACAAUUUGGACAAAAUUCAUGAAUUGAUUGUCCAGAACCUGUCUGUGGGACAAGAUGAACUAGACAUUGAUAAUCAUGAAUUGAUGGAACUGGAAAUCAAGAAAUUGUUUCAAAAUUAUAGGAAAAAUGAAUUAAGUAGAUAUGGAAUCGAUUUGGUUUAUCAGUCAGACACACCUGUGUCUAUUGAUGAGCCUAUGAUGUAA